AUUUCCGCGGCGCUUACGGUAUAUUUGAUCGAUAAUGUCGCGGUCACACUGUGUAUAUGGCACGUCAAUUCUAUGUCAAGCAUAGUAUAAAGCAUCCAGCCCAGCCCACAAUCAAUUUGUAAAAAUGAGUGCCCUGUUCAAUUUCCAAAGCUUGCUGUCCGUCAUCCUGCUUCUGAUCUGCACAUGUGCCUAUUUGCGGUCCAUGUUCCCCAGCAUCAUCGACCGAAAAAAGACUGGGCUACUUGGAACCUUUUGGAAGUUGGCGCGCAUUGGCGAGCGAAAAUCGCCCUGGGUCGGCGCCUCUUGCCUCUUGAUGGCGUUCACUGUUCUCUUUUGGAGCUAACUUUAAGUUUUAGUACUGGGCAUAUUCAUGGCUCAAACGCAACAGACAAAAUUGUAUCGUGUAACUAUGUGCAUAUGGAUUUACUUGAGU